GGCAAAUGAAUGAAUGACUGAAUCCCUGCCUCUGGAGCCCUCCCCACCCAUUUCCCUUGAGAGCCCCACUAGCCCGAGGCUGACCCGGGGUGGCUGCGUCCUGCAUUAGACCUGUCCUGCAACGUCCAAGCAUGAAAGGAGAAGUCAGAAGAGAUGUUUUCCAGACAUCGGCAGCUCUGAGCUUCCUCUUUCGCUCAUUUGUGAAUGGUCACAUUCCCCUUCCUGUUGGAGCUUCCUUCACGGACAGACAGGCAGGUCCAGAAACUGGAUGGCCCUGGGAACUCCUGGCCCCUCGGACAUGGAGAGGCUGUUGCUGCUGCUGCUGCUGCCCCUGCUGUGGGCGGGUCUCCUACCCCCGGCUUGACUGGACCGACUCCACACGUGUUUACGGGGCAUGGUUCCGGAAAGAGGAUAGACUCCAAGAGGACGUUCUUAUGGCCACAGACAACUCAACCCGGGGUGGAAAGAAGAAGAGAAAUAUCCCAUUACACCUCCUCGGGGACCCCAGGGCCAACAACUGCUCCCUGGGCAUCGUAGACGCCCGCAAGAGGGACAGUGGAAACUAUUAUUUUCAACUGGGAAGAGAAGCUGCAGAACACAGUUACAAGAAUAACCAGCUCACUGUGAAUGUGGUCGCGCUAACAUGGACUCCCGAUGUCCACAUCAAGGAGCCCCUGGAGUCUGGCUCCAGCAGCCGCCUCAAAUGCUCCCUGCCUGAGACCUGUGACUGGGCCACGCCUCCCACCAUCUCCUGGACCGGGGAUGCCCUCAGACCCCCAGGACUGGACUCCAAGGAGGCCUAUAACUCCCCGGAGAUCCUGCUCACCCCCCGCCCACAGGAUCACGGCACGAGCCUCACCUGUCGGGUGACCUUCCGCAGGGCUUCUGUGAGCGCAGAGAGGACUGUCACGCUCAACGUGUCCUAUCCCCCCCAGAAGCUGACCAUCAGCGUCUCCGGAGGAAUUGGCACAGAGCUGGAACACCUGCGGAAUGGCUCAUCUCUUCCUGUUGUGGAGGGAGACUCUCUGCGCCUGGUCUGUGACACCGACAGCAACCCCCCGGCCUCACUGAGCUGGUCCCGGGGGAGCCGGACCCUGAGCCCCUCACAUCCCUCGAGCCCUGGGGUCCUGUCCCUGCGACGAGUGGAGUCGGGCCACGACGGCGAGCUCACCUGCCGAGCUCAGCACCCUCAGGGCUCCUUGUGGGUCUCCCUGCAUCUCUCUGUGCAGACCCGCCCGCAGCUGCUGGGCCCCUCCUGCUCCCAGGAGGACGAGGGUCUGCGCUGUAGCUGCUCCUCCCGAGCCCGGCCGGCCCCCUCCCUGCACUGGCGGAUCGGGGAGGGGCUGCUGGUGGGGGAGCUCAGCAACGCCUCCUUUGAGGUCAGCUCCAACUCCGCCGGGCCCUGGGCCAACAGUUCCCUGAGCCUCCGAAAGGGGCUCAGCUCCGGCCUCAGCCUCAGCUGCGAGGCCCUGAACGUCCACGGGGCCCGGAGCGGGUCUGUCCUGCUGCUGCCAGGGAAGCCCAGGCUUGGAGGAGAAUUUGUUCUGGGGGCCAUCGGGGGAGCUGGCGCCGCUGGCCUGCUCAGUCUCUGUUCCUGCCUCAUCUGCUUCACACUGAAGACCUGCAGGAAGGCAGCCCGUGAGAAGGAUGAACCCUGCACACUGGGUCCCACCUCCCAGGAUGCUGCAAGGAUCUCCCCAAAACAACUACUAUGUACUACCUACAAAAUCAAGUUCAGGGGCCCCCAAGAUACCAGCAGGAUGAGUGUCCUCCAGGCAGCCCCCUGGCCUACCUGCCCCCAGCGGCGGCCGCCCCCCUCUCAGGGGAGGAACAGGAGCUUCAUUACACCUCCCUCAGUUUCCUCGAGCUGAGACCCUGGGAGCCUCGGGACCAGGCCACCACCAGCACCACCGAAUAUGCAGAGAUCAAGAUCCUUAAAUGACAACCCUGCCUCCCGCAACCUUCUGCAACCUCUGGCUGGGGGACCCAGGGCUUCUCAGGGAAGAGACACAUCAGGGAUGAUGCCUGAGAGAACAGUUUUCCAUGUACAUGGGCUACCAACUAGCGUAUGCAAGUCCCGCUGGUGGGGUGAUGGGCGGAACUGGGCUCACGUCUCAGACCCGUCACCAAACACGCGUCUGAGUUUGAACACAUCACCUUCCUUCUCAGCCUCCUACUCUGUAAAAUGGAUAUCACAAACCUAACUCACAGGGUUGUUGUGGGCAUCAAGGCAGUAAUUAACAUAUAGUGUCCAACGGGGGUGAAUGUGCAAAGGGCAUCGCACCCAAGGUCAAACCUCUUCCCUGGGCAACCUGCUGGGAUAAGGGUCUGGCAUGCUGGGCCAAAUGGGGACCACUCUGCAGGGCUAUCUAGCUCCAGAGGUGCCUCCCCCCACUCCCAAGGCUGAGCAGAGGUUGUCAUUAGGCAGGAUCACAUCCCUAGGCUCCAUGUAGCCCACCCCUUCCUUCCCUUCCACUCACACUCACCCCUGGGGCACUUCCUAUGAACACACUGCAAACUGGUCUUUCUCUGAGCCUGCUUCCUGGAAACCCAACUUGUCUAUUUUCUCGGACACAAAAAUCAUUCACUGAUUAUCUGAAAUAAAUGACAAGGGUUCUUUUUAA